CACUUUCGUGUGUUUUUGUUUACAGUUGAGUCCAACACGUGCGUCGGUCGUUAGCUGCGAAUUUGUGCACAAACUUUCUUUAAAUUGUGUAGUUUUGAAAGCUUUACACGACCGAAUAAUCUCUCAAAAUGGUGCGCCGAUUGAGGAGAACCAAGAAAAGUCAAAAGUACAACUAUAACAAAAACCGGAAGCGACUUAACAAGAAGAUUCACGGCACCGGCACUGUGAAAUGCCCGGAAAUCAAGAACGACAUGGACUUCCGGAAGAACCUGAACACCAACAUCUCGGAAAUGGGCCUGGCGUUCGAUGUGAACAAAGCAAUUCCGGUCCCAAACACCAAACGCGAGCGCGCCAAACUGGCACGCUACGUGAACGGCUUCCUUGAAGAGGAUGCUUCCGAUUCGGAAUCGGAAGCACGCAAUCCUCCACCCAAAGCGCACGUUGCCAAACGGCUGGAGAAGGACUCCAAAGAGUUCGUGGAAAUUCGUUUCCGGUUGUCCAAGGGUCAGGUGCAGUUCGUCACCGGAAUGAUCGACACGUACGGGUUCAACUACAAGGCGAUGGCCGCGGAUAAACGGAACUACGAGCAGGAAACGUGGCGACAGAUGCGUCAGAAGGUGCGCCGGUUUUUGACCAUUCCGCAGCAGUGCACGCCGUACCUGAAGCGGAAGGGAUGGCUGGAUUGCGAUAUGAACGAUCCCAGCGAUCCGCGGUGGAAGGAAUACGGCACCGAUGAUGAGCAGUGAUGGCUGGUAAGCAUGUUGGAGGAUGUCUUAUUUACAAUAUAUUCGUCGAAAUUAACUAA